AUGUUUUUACUUGACCCACUGUUCAGAAGAGCUCUGCCCUCAUUCCUAAAGACUGGAGCAAUAAGAUUCAUGGCAGGAUCAAUUGUCAAUUUUGUGGACCUUGAAUUUGAAUCAUCAUCUACUCCUAAUAAUACACAAAUUAUAGAGGUUUUGGUGAACGAUAAUUCAAGCGUCACAGAAUUCAAGAUACUACAAGAAACGAUUGUUAUUGGUGACCCAGCAACCACAACAGAAGCUCCAACCACCACCACAGUGGCUCCAACCACAACCACUGCUGCUCCAACCACAACCACUGCUGUUCCAACCACAACAACAGCGACUCCAUCUACAACCACAUCAGCUCCAACUUCAACAACAGCUGCUUCAACCACAACAGUUGCUUCAACCACAACAGCGACUCCAUCCACAACAGCUGCUUCAACCACAACAGUUGCUUCAACCACAACAGCGACUCCAUCCACAACAGCUGCUUCAACCACAACAGCUGCUUCAACUGCAACAGCACCUUCCACCACAACUACAACAGCUCCAAACCACAACAACAGCGACUCCAACCACAACCACAUCAGCUCCAAUCACAACCACAUCAGCUCCAACUUCAACAACAGCUGUUCCAACCACUACAGCAACUCCAUCCACCACAGCUGCUUCAACCACAACAGCUGCUUCAAUCACAACAGCUGCUUCAACCGCAACAGUUGCUUCAACCACAACAGCGCCUCCACCCACAACAGCUGUUUCAACCACAACACUGCUCCAGCCGCAACACUGCUCCAGCCGCAACAGUGA